CCCCACUACACCACACCACACUCCCCCAGAUCGGCUUCCGUUGCGAGACGGACCGCCCACCGCUUCAUUUCCGCCACCGCCGACGCCGCGCCGGCGAAGGAGCCCCUAGCCAGAUCGGAUCCCUCAGCCGCGACGCGGCCUUCCCGCCUCGAACAUGGCGGCUCUGCUGAUGCGUAGGCUCGCCGGGUCCUACCGCGGCCGCGCGCCGCUGGCCGCCGCCGCCGCCGCGGGCGGGGCCGCGCUCUUCUACGCCUCGUCGAACCCCACCAUCGCGCACAUGGAGGAGAAGGGGGAGGACGCCGCCGCCAAAGUUGCUCUUAACCCCGAGAAAUGGUUAGAAUUCAAGCUCCAGGAGAAGGCAACAGUUAGUCAUGAUUCAGAGCUAUUCAGAUUUUCGUUUGACCCAUCUACUAAGCUGGGCCUGGAUGUUGCCUCAUGUCUCGUAACAAGGGCCCCCAUAGGUCAGGAAGUGGAGGGAAGAAGAAAAUACGUUAUUCGCCCGUACACGCCUAUCUCUGACCCAGAUUCUAAAGGACACUUCGACCUAUUAAUCAAGGUUUAUCCUGAUGGGAAAAUGAGUCAGCAUUUUGCUAGUUUGAAGCCAGGAGAUGUUCUCGAAGUCAAAGGGCCCAUUGAAAAGCUCAGAUAUAGCCCAAAUAUGAAAAGACAAAUUGGCAUGAUUGCUGGUGGUACUGGCAUAACACCAAUGCUGCAAGUUGUUAGGGCCAUCCUGAAAAACCCUGAUGAUAACACUCAGGUUUCCUUGAUUUACGCCAAUGUGUCACCAGAUGAUAUCUUGCUGAAAAGGGAGUUAGAUAGACUUGCCAGCAGCUAUCCUAAUUUCAAGGUAUUUUAUACAGUUGAUAAACCAUCAAGUGACUGGAGGGGUGGUGUUGGCUACAUAUCAAAGGACAUGGUUUUGAAAGGUUUGCCAGGCCCAGGGGAGGAUUCUCUUAUUCUUGUUUGUGGUCCUCCUGGAAUGAUGAAUCACAUAUCUGGAGAUAAGGCAAAGGAUUAUUCACAAGGCGAGGUCACUGGCCUUCUCAAAGAUUUAGGGUACACGUCACAGAUGGUAUACAAAUUUUAGUCGAUCGCCGGAAACGUAGGGGACGCUGACAUGCCAUGGCAGUAAAAUAAACCGCAGCUGAACCUUUUUUUUUCAUCGCGCCACGGCAAUUAGUGCCAAACUCAGAGCAGUAUGGUGCAUCUUUUUGUAAGAAUUUUGGUUCGGUUCCGUUUUGUCAUCUGUGCGCCUCGUUGCAUGGACACCUGAAUAACCUGAGGCUGCCUGGUUGCUGGUGUUGUUUUAACCGGGCCUUUCUCUUUACGAUACUGGAUUGAAUGAGGUAACAGUUUGAUUCGCACAGGCCAAGCAUGCCAUGAUCACAAGCUAGCAUUGCACUCAA